CCUUUUUUAAUAGUUAAUUUAUUAAAGAAAACAACAACUUGAUACUUAUUAUGUUUAUUUAAAUCAUAAUUAUUUAUAAAGAAAAUGAUCGAUACCUUAAUAUUUACUAUAAAAUCGAUAAUCAUACAUGGAUAACCAAUAAAUUUCAAAGAAAAAGAUUUUGCAUUUGCUUAUACACUUUGGAGAAAAAAUAAAUAUUGGACUUAAUUCUGUUCCUAAAAAAUAAAUUUAAAUUAAGCAUCAUAAUUUACUUUUAAUACUCUAUUGAAAAUUCAUAUAUUAAUUUCAUAAUAACUCUGAUGAAUAUUGUGAUUUACCAAUUUUGUAAAAAUUCUAUUUUUCAGCCCAUCUAUUUUGCGUUAUAAUCUUUUGGGUUAAAAGAUGAGCCGUUCUUCUCAAACUUUACUCCAAGGAAAACACUAUAAUGUGGUAAAGUUUCCAGACGACAAGGAUUGCUUAGCUAUAGUGGUGAAUAAAUGGAUUUCCUAUGUAAAUGGCAACUAUGUUACCUUAUGGCCUCCUUACAAAGAUUCUUCGAAACUCAAAAGAGCUAUAACAGGGAGAGUGGACCCACAGCCUAAUUGGAAGAUAUUCAAAAUUAACAUUGUCUUCCAAACUCGAAAUUAUGGUAAGGCUGAGAGUAAGCUGGAAGAGUACAAAAUUUAUAGCGAUGUUGGGGAGUUGUCUGUAGAUACUGAUGUGAGUAUGCAGCCUGUGGAUGCAGACAUGGAGGAUGAAUUCAGAAUUUACAGUGGAAAUGAUAUGACUCCAAGGCACAACCACGCAUCCACACCAAGAGUUUCUGUUGGAAAAUGCGAUACGUGUGUAGAGAUUAAAGAGAUACUGAAGAAGCUGAUGGAAUCCCAUGCUCGACUGCACCAAAAAUGUGAUAACAAUUUUCUUGUUAUUCAAAAAAUGUUUCCCCAACACCAAACAGUCAGUGACUUAGAUGAGCCUGCAGCCAGUUUGGAUGACUUAAGAACUCUAAAUGAAAAGUUACAGAGUGAAGAGUUUUUCGCAGACACAGCUUUCACUCUUGGAUUGCUAGGAGGAAAGGAUACCGCUGAUGGAGUCAGAAGGAUACUCACUAGAAUAAUCUCAAAUAAACUGGCCACUGAAAUGAACUGGGUUGGAGGACGUAAAAGGUCCAUACAGGAGUUUCCCUCUGUUUUAAAGCUAAUUUUAGGAUCUCUAAGGAGCAACAAGUUGUUUGAAAAAACUCAGCAAAAUGUUGUGGAGGAUGUGGUAAAAAGAUGGCUAAGAUCGGCGGGUGAUCGUGAUGGUGGAAGAUCCAGAAGAAUGAAGAGAUCAAUACAAGCAGAACAACUAGCAGAAGAAAAUAUUUUGUAG